CAUUGAUAGGUGGCACUGACUGGCACUGAUGGGUGACAUUGAAAGGCAGCUCAUAUGGGCACUGAUAUGUGGCAUUGAUGUGCACUGGUAUGCACUGAUAUGUGGCAUUGAUGUGGCACUGAUGGUCACUGGCACGUGGCACUGAUGGGCACUGGCAUGUGGCAAUGAUGUGCACUGACAGGUGGCACAUCUGGGGCCACACUGAUCAUCAGGGCACACUGAUCAUUAGUGCCCUGAUGAUCACUGUCAGCGUGACAGCUCGAGAGGAGAGAAAUGCCGAUAACCGUCAUUUCCAUGUUUACAUGUGAUCAGCUGUGAUUGG